GAGAGAGACAGAACCACACAGCUGUCCCUAGCAUUCCAGGCGUGUCGUCAGUCCACAGAUUGGAGAAUUAAGAGGGACUAGGGACUGUUCGGCCAUUCAGACACUAUUCCUUUAGUUACUAACUUAAUUUCCUUUACGGACACUUUUAAAAAACAUUUCUACCAUCCUGACCAGUCCUGGGCCAGAGGCCCCCAAUAUGGCGGACCAGUAUAACACCAGCGAGGAGAAAAUCCUGAGAGAUAGUCACACCAAGGAGAUCGACUUGAUCAACAGGGACCCCAAGCAGAUCAAUGAAGAUGUUGUGAAGGUGGAUUUUGAGGAUGUGAUAGCCGAGCCAGAUGGCACCCACAGUAUGGAUGGAGUAUGGAAGGCCAGCUACACAACCUUUACCGUCUCCAAGUACUGGUGCUACCGUGUGCUGUCAGCUAUCUUUGGCAUCCCAGUGGCACUGCUGUGGGGCUUCUGUUUCGCUUGCAUCUCCUUCUGUCAUAUUUGGGCUGUUAUGCCCUGCAUCAAGAGCUAUUUGAUCGAGACCCAGUGUCUGAGUCGAAUCUACUCUCUCUGCAUCCAUACCUUCUGUGACCCCUUGUUCGAGGCACUGGGGAAAAUAUUCAGCAGCGUUCGGGUUGCCCUACGCAAAGAGGUUUAGAUUUAUUGGUCGAUGUCAAAGUUUACAUGUUCUGCCCUUGCAGGAAAAUAUUUUAUUUCACAAAUAUUUGGGUUAAAGUAUCUUGAAGUCCCUUAAAACAACUAGAAAAGACUACUGGUACAUAAACAAAAGCAAUGUUGAAUGUCUACUGCUCCCUAUCUAUUUGUUUGGUUAAACCUAUGCAGUUUUUUCUCCCAGGGUUUUGGGAGCAAUUCAAGAUUAUGCCUUCUGCAUGUUUAGAAAUGUUCAUGUGAUGAAAGGCAAUGGAGAAUAAGUCUUAUUAUCUGAUUUCAUAAGGUUUCUCUCAUUUGGCUUUACUGACAGAAGUAAAAUGGGAUGUUGAUGAGCGUGGUGUAUUUAUCAUGACAAUGCCAGAUGUAUUCUUUACAGCUACAAAAUAAACAUUGGAAUGGU